AUGGCGCUUUUGGUCGUCACUGGUCUUCCAUGCUCUGGCCGCACAACACGCGUGCAGGAGAUCCGAGCGAACUUCGAGUCGCGCCUCGCGUCCUCGCCGACAUUGUCGAGUGUACGUGUUGUGCAAGAUGCCGACGUCCAUGUGGACCGACAUGUGUAUGAGUCGCAGCGCACUGAAGGGCGCGCGCGUGCUGCCUAUCUAAGCGCGGUUCGUCGUGCAUUGAGCACGAGCGCGAUUGUCAUUGCCGAUGGUGGGGCAGGACUGAAUAUCAAGGGAUCUCGGUACGAGCUGUGGUGUGCAGCACGCGAGCUUGGUCUUCGCUGUGCAACGCUGUAUGUGGCAUGCACUCAAGAUCUUUGUCGGGCGUGGAACGCGAAGCGGCGCGCACAUGGCGAGCCUUGCUAUACAGACGCAUGUCUGGACGAGCUCAUGUUCCGAUUCGAAGAGCCCACGCCAGAAGCUCGUUGGCAUCGCCCCUUAUUUACUACGACAUCCGUCGGCUCAGCGGAUCAUCCGGAAUGUUUGCCGACACCUCUUGAUGCUAUUUGGGACGCCAUGACAUUAGCACAAGUCCAACCGCCCAAGGCCGUCACAGCUGUCCUUGGAACUUCUCGAUACCAUCACACAGAGCGUACUGUCGGCGCUCACUGA